AUGGGGAACCUUGUGAGUUAUUACAUUCGAAUCGAAAACUUCCAUGUUGUGGUCUCUUUUCAGCUUUCCUGUAUUUUUCGGCAAUUUCGCAUCGCGUUCAAUUCAAUACUUCUCCUCAUUUUGCGAUUGAAAGAUGUAAUUUGGUUGAGCUUUUCCUACAAGGGAGGUCAUUGAAAUUCAGUUUUCCGGAAGUGGUCAGAACACAUUUUGAUAUAAAAGAUAUAGGCUCUAAAAGGACCUGCGGAAUUCCUCCAAAUUCUGAGAAAGGACACCUCAAAGUCAUAAAAACCAACCGAAACCAGGUCAUUUUGAUAUUGUGAAGAACUUUUUUUUUGAAUGGAAUUUUUGCAAUUAGAGUUUUUCAGAAGCUGUGGAAGAGUAAUCUGGCCAAUUUUCGAAAACGAUUACCUCCCUUGGUUUUGUGUUUCUUAAAACCUGGUAGUAUCUGAAAAAAUUCUAAAAAUUAUUCUGCGAAUUACAGUGGUGCUGUCCUUCUGACAACAGCAACCGUAACGACGAGGAAAAUGAAGCAGAAAGAAUUAUCCGUAGACAUCAGAGGGACCAACAAAGACUUCAGGAAGAGCACGAGGAAAGACUGAGAGCUCUCGAACGUGCCGGGUAUGACGAGAUGGAAAGAAGAAGAGAAAUUGAGCGACAGGAGCGGGAAAAUGACGAAAACUUGAGACAGCAAGCUCGAACCCAACGAAUUAGAGAAGAAAAGGAGCAGGAAGCAGCUCGAAAGGCCCGGAUGGAAGCUCAGAAUGAAGAGCACCGCAGGAAAAUGAGAAAACUCCAGGAAGAUUCCGACAAAAAGAUAGCCGAGCUGAAAUGGAACUCGGAGCAGAAGUCGGCGAGAGACCUGCAGGAGUACCAGGAAAACUGCAGAAGAACUCAAGAACUUGAGAGAAAACGUCAGGAAGAGUUCGAAAGAGAUCGGGAUUCCUGGCAGGCUGCGGAACAAGCCAAAGAGGCUCGUCAUCAAGCUGAUAUGAGAUCGAGAGACGAGAGAAUGGCUCAGGAGCAGCUGGAGCACGAGAAGAGAAUGAGGAAGAUCAAGGAAGAUGCGGAAGAAGUUCAGCGGGAGCAGUAUCGACGUUGGGAAGAACGACAAAAACUGGCCAACGCUCAGCUCCGGGAGCUCUUCGAAAUGGUUCUCCAAAGACGCUGGAAUCAGAUGAUCGAAAAUCGGUGGGCGAAUCAGCUAUGCUUCCUUCGAGGCGCCAACCGACCUGUCGCCAGGGAGUUCCGAGAUUUGCACCAGCAGGUGAGAAGCCUUCUCAACAACUGGAAGAUCACCUGACUAGAGAGAGAAUAAAGAGCUGCUCAGCUAGCACAUAUUUAUGGAUGAACUUGAGAAAAAUUGACAAAGGAUGCAAUUUCAUUCUACAUUUUGGAAUCUUUCCAGCCCAAAAAAUGGAUAACUUUCAGACUACCGAAAAUAUAGAAAGGAGGGUGCUACGACAAGAGCGAGUUUUUCAUUUGCGGGGAGUACUGUAUGCGGAAAUGCGCAUUGAGUGCAUACACUUUGAGUUUUUUUUCGAAUAGUUUUCAACUUUUUUUUCGUUUUUUUCAAGAUUUGCAUUUUUCUCGAGGAUAUUUGCACGAUAAAAACCGUAUCAAAAAAAAAUUGAAAAGUAUUGGAAAAAAAAAAACUCGGAGAUGUCCUAAAAUGAAAGUGUAAACACGCAAAGUGUAUGCACGCAAUGCGCAUAUCCGCAUACAGUACUCCCCGCAAAUGGAAAACUCUUUCUUGUCGUAGCACCAAAAGGAGAAGAAUGAGUGACGGAAGUUGACAGUUUCAGACGAAAUAAAAACCAGCUUGUCCUACUGAAUUCUUAAAAAUUGAAAAAGAGGCACUUUCUAGUUUGUCUGCAUUUUCCACCUUCUUUUCUAAAGCUUCUAAUUUAAUGUGAAUUUUUAGUUCAACGCGACUGUGUUGCAACAAAACAAAGAGAAGAAUCUUCAAUAUAUAGCGGUAAACUAAUUGAUUUCCAACAAUUUCAAGUUGAAUUCGAUUCAGAUGUCAGUGAAUGUCGUGAUUUCGGCACUCGACAAUGAAAUCGAAACAAUGAAUAGAGAGGAGAGCGUUUAGAAGAUUAUUAUAGACAGACGGGCGCCGAGUUCUUGCGGGAAAUUCAGGUUGGAUCAAUUGAGAAAAAAAAGGAGUUUUUUUCUUUCAGAGAAGCACCGACGACGUUGCCGAAAAGUGCCAGGCGCUCAAAACCGCUCUCAUAAGUUUCCGUGGCGAAUGUGUUAGUUAUCCUCUUGGAAGUUCGGCGAAAAUGAUCCGAAUUUUAGGAAAGAGGUACCGCCAGUUCUCUAGCUACUGCCAAGUCUUUGGCAGACGAUCUUGAACGAAAUGUCGCUAAAAUUCCAACGAUUCACCAGCUCAAAGAGAAAUUCGAAGGCUCGUGGAAUAAUCCGGCCAGAGAAGAUGAUUACCAAGGGUCCAAUGUUUUCAUUACUGAAGUCAUCGAUUGA